CAUAGCUAAUACAUGAUGUACGACGCACUCAUUUCAACGAGUAAAACUCAUUUUACCCUUCAUCAUCACGUUGUCGCUCGUUUAGACGACUGCGGACAAACAAGAGCAAUAGAGACCAAGGUUAGUUGGCAAACGUAAACGCAAUCGGAACUUCGAAGUUGAAGAAACCAAAGCGAGGCUGAUGGCAAACAUAUCAGGCCACACUGAUCGACGAAAACAUAAAUCUAUUGCCAUUACGAGGACAAAAGGAGGUAAUGCUCGGAUAGCUGUAUUAUUAUUCUCUAGCACUAAGCCUUGUCAGAUGGCUGGGUCACGACUCGAGGGCAAGACAUACGUGGGCAAGGUAGGUGCUAAGAUGGAGUGGAUUUAGAAGUGCGCAAUUCGACAAGGUAUGCUGCAUAACGUAUUAUAGAAAAGCAUGAUAGAUUGUGGAAUGACCUGUGGUCUGGGUCACUGCAGGCCUCUGGUCAGCGCCAGCUUGCCUUUGGCCUUCUCUUCCAAUAAUGGCGAGUCUUCAGUUAUGUUGUUUUAGAAAGGAUAAGGAAUAGUGGAGAGAGAAGAAAAAAUAUUGAGUCUCUUUAAGCUUUGCGAAAUUAAAGAUGAAAUACAGACCUUUUCUGAGAUAGACAUAUCAUGGCUGAUUGGAAUUACAUUCGACAACGAAUUGGGAAAUGGCGUCAGUUUACCUGAAACGAAUUCGCCUGGGGAUUUUUCGGUCCUCGUAGAGCUGCAGGCCGCCCAUAACUCGACAUAGGGUCACCUGCUAGGAUUGCACCUGGAAACAUCUGUUUGGAAGAGAGCAAAAUAUUAAGUAAUGAUGCGGUGCCUUGUGAUAACGAUAGCAGCAACGGUGGCAGCAACUGUCACCACUGCAGGUGCUACACCAGCCGUUGAGGAAAGGUGUGAGGAAAUCGUGGUUCCUAUGUGCAAGGGCAUUGGAUAUAACCGCACCAGAUUUCCGAAUGCUUUCAACCAGGACACCCAGGAUGAGGCCGGUCUUGAAGUUCACCAAUUUUGGCCACUUGUCGAAAUUCAAUGCUCAGAGGAUCUGCGCUUUUUCCUCUGUUCAAUAUACACGCCAAUCUGCAUCGAAGGGUAUCAGGGCAAAGUGCCCGCAUGCAAGUCGGUUUGCGAACGGGCAAAGGUAGGAUGUGCACCAAUCAUGCAACAAUAUGGCUUCUCGUGGCCGGAUCGAAUGGACUGCGAGCUCUUUCCCGAGUACGGUGAUCCAGUUAAAAUGUGUAUGGACUCCAAGGAAGGAGAACGGCCCAAAAAAGUUGAGGAGCCGCGGCGUGGUGGAAAAAAAUUGCCAGCGCCAGGAAUCGUUGUCACCGACGUUGUCGCACUUCCGCCCCCUGGCGGCAUCGCGGGUAACUGUUCGUGCUAUUGUCAAUCGCCAAUGGUGAAUACGCUGGCGCCCUCGUUCAAGAAGUUCGGCAAGCUAAAACUCCCGCAGUGCGCGCAGCCUUGCCGAAACAUGUACUUUAGCAAGGACGACCAACUCUUCACUUACUACUGGCUAUUGCUGUGGAGUGUCGUCUGCUUAGCUUCGUCCAGCACCACGAUCCUUUCAGGCCUUAUUGACUCAUCACGCUUUCCCUAUCCAGAACGGCCAGUAAUCUACAUCUCACUAUGUUAUUUCUUCAUUUCAAUCGGUUACCUCCUUGGUAUCUAUCUCGGUAACGAGCAGCUGGCCUGCGAUGGGGCCUUGAUCCGCUAUUCGAUCCUGUCGAACCUUGUCAACUCCCUUCCGUGCCUCACGGUAUUCUCCUUCACUUACUACUUCAUCAUUGUGAGCUCCCUCUGGUGGGUGGUCCUCUCGAUGACCUGGUAUCUAUCAGCGGCUCUAAAAUGGAGCAGCGAGGCGAUAUCCGGCUACGCCGUCUAUUUCCACAUGUUCGCGUGGUUCUCGGGGGCUGGAAUCAUUUCAAUGGUCGUCUAUUUCGAUGCCAUCGAUGGCGACUCCGUUUCGGGUCUAUGCUUUGUCGGCAGUCAGAACUCGUUCAAUUUGACUGUGUUUCUUAUCAUACCGCUAUGCACAGCGCUGGGCCUCGGCGUCAUCUUUCUUCUGAUCGGAUUCACGUCACUCUUCAAGAUUAGAAAGAUCAUCAAAGCUCAGGGACAACACAAGGCGGAGAAGUUUGAGAAACUCAUUGUGCGCAUUGGAGUCUACUCUAUCCUCUACGCCUUACCAUCAACCAUUGUGGUGGGUUGUCUCUUCUACGAACGCAAUUACAAGGAGGUCUGGAUGCACAAGUUAACCUGCCCAUGCGAGCAUGCCGAUUCUGCGUGGAGCCGCCCUUCACUACAUAUAUUUGUUGUUAAACACUUCAUGUUUCUUGUGGCUGGCAUUACGUCAGGAUUCUGGAUCUGUUCCGGCAAAACGCUGAACUCUUGGUGGAGAUACUUCGCUGCUGGGAGUAACCCGCAUCGGCCGCACAUCAAUCCGAUUUCGCCACACCUCGACAAACAUGGCUCAUUGGGCACGUUAAGGACUACCCCCAGAUUAGAUCUUGCUGGAACCGGGAGCAUCGCCAACUCUGCGACACUAUCGAACGUAUAGGUAUACGAGAUGGUUCUCAGAGACGCGCUGUAACAGUGGCAAAAAAUUGUAAACUUAUCAAAAAGAGGCCGUUUCGACCCGCAGGUAGCGCUUGGUGAAGAGUUGUAAACAACACAUUAGAGUGCAUCGCGCAUCACAGUUGCACAUACCAUUAAUUAAAACGACACUUAUUCAUUAAUUUAUACGAGAAACAUAAUAAUAUAGAUGGUAAAACCAUCAAAUCAUCUACUUACUGAAACGUCACUUGCGAUAAAGGGAGGGGAUCACAGCUGUUAACGUUGGUUAAAUGCCGAAAAAUGAGAUGAUGAACCACUGCGAAUUGUCUCUGAGAACCGCGCCUGUUUGUUGGCCGCUCAGCCUGCAUCUAGCUAAGAACGCGUAGAUCAUCGAUAUGACCAACUGAUAUAUGUAUAGAUCGGUUUUCAUUGAUUUUUAGAUAGAUGCCAAGGGCUGCUAGAACUAUUGGAUGACUGACUUGCGACCGCGGAAAACUCUAGUCGUUUUCACAUCGGCAACGCGUCGGUCAUAUCAAGAAUUCACUCCCUAGGUGUCCUCACGAAGUCCGUGUGGUGGAUUAGUGGGUAACGUAUUUACCUGCUGAUCUUGUUAGGGACACGUGGUGGUAUAGGUUCGAAUCCGGGCACGCUCCGCGCUGAUCGAAUGCCCUACGGCAGUGCCGGACGUGGAUCUCAAAAUAUUUAGCUCUCCCAAACAAUAGAACAGAGCUGCAUUUAGAAGCUAGACAAAACGGCUAGAAAACUUCUGUUAUACUUGAAUUAUGUUGGUAAGAUGGCUGUCAAACUUUUUAGAGACAAGUUAAAGACAUGUAGACCGUGUUUGGCAUGAAUAGAAACUCGGUACAUUCAUCGUGUAUCGCAUUUCGGUACGGACGAAAACAUCGAGUCUUGAGGAAAAAAGGAAGUACUAACUGCGCAGAAGGAAAUAUUUACAGUUGUGUUUUACUACAUGAUGACAAGAUCGACUUCAUCUAUUUUAUGAACCGUCAGGGUGGUCGCACUGUUUGUGAUGCAAGUGUGGCUGAAACGAACGUAAUGCAUAACAAUGGAAAAGAAAAUCAACAGAGAUUGGAGAAAUUACGUGGUCCGCGGAUAACACUGCAAUCCGUCUAAACAAAUAUACACACAUACACACGCGGGACAGUGCUGUGGAAAUUGUGACACGAAACACAAUCCAGAAAAGCAUCGUUUGUGAACAGAAACAUAGAUGGCAGGUCGUCUUUCUCUCGAGGCAAGGACAGAAUCAUUCUCACAUUAAUCGAGAGUAAUAUUUAUUCAACUUACCACUGUAAAUAUGAAUGAGGUCUGAUUGCGUACCUUCCUAUAGGAUACGAUGUGCAAUUGCCAAUAUUUUCGACAAAGACGGUGCCAUCUAUAUAGCCAGAAAUAACUUUCUGAUUGGAUGCAUGUGAAAGCAAAUACUCAUCCAGGGCCUUUUUGUUUGUUGUGAGCGCGCGCAAGGCCUGAUAAUGCAAUACAAUGACUCUUAUCAGCGGUCACGAAGUAACGCUUCAUCAAGACUAAAAAGCCUUCGGAUGCGCUACCUCUACAACAGAUUCCCUAGAAAAUGACGAAACAAAUAUAGAAGUUCCAAUAACCGAAAUCCAUUUACAUAUUAGAAGCACAUUUACACAGAGAAUACUAAGGGCGUACGAAUAAAUCUCAAGUAAAUAUAAACGACGGAAACGAAGUUAACUUCGUGUAACUUCCAUGCGAAGUUGAUAGCAGAAAUAACAAUCGUUCUCGCAACUGAUUGCAGGAAUAAUGUACAGGGCUAUGUGCUUCCCGUCGAAACAUCCUUUGACUUAAUCUGUUACCGUUAAUUUACCACUGCUUGCGCAGAGCCAGUCAUGCUUGUACGUGUGUAGAGUACAAGCGAAGGUCAGUGAAUGCAAUUAUUCAGGUUGGCUUGAUGCAUCUUAUGAAGACACCAACUGGUGAAGUUCAAUCGAUAAUCUCGAACGAUCUGCGAAGUAUCGAUAGGUAGUGUUCCUAGUUAUUUCAGCUACCUAUCUGUUACAUGCUAUAUCAUGAUAUUACCUACUGUAAAUCUAACCUGUACGUUGUACUGAACCAGCAGCGGAACCUAUAUUCUGAUGCACAAAAUCACUGUCAACCCGCAGGGCAUCAUGUGUCAUAUUAACUAGUCCACUUUAUGCAGAUCCAAUUGAGCCCGCUAACGCUCCGCGCCCCCGGUGGCACCGUUGGACCACCACUCUCUGUAUAAUAAUUAGUGCAGUAACAAUAUAUAUAUGACAAUAAGGAAUGCAUUAUAUGCAUUUUAUACUUUUACUAUGUCGUGAUAUUUUAUAUGGAAUAAUGUUGUAAGCAUCAUUUGAAACAUUAUGUGUAAA